GCAGAUGCUCGAUGGAUGGGCAACCCGCUUUCACGCCGCCAUGUCGAUUCAGCAACCGCCUGAACCUGGGGCAGCGAACCUCGAAAGCCCCGUGACCGGGGCCGAAAGGACCACCUCAUAUCCUGGAGAGUCAACCAGAAAGCAGCCACCGCCGGAAAAGCCGUCCGACGUGCGGCGACGCUCCCACAUCAUCCUCUCGUUCUGGCUGAUUGUCCUCUUUCUCGGCCUGCCGAUCUGGUGGAAGACGACGACCAUCUACCGCGCCGACCUGCCUUUGCAGGAGAUGCUUGACUGGUCUGAUGGCAAGGCGUGCCGUCCCGUCUUCCCUCUGCGCAUCUCCAUCCAAGCCAAUGCGCUGCAGGAGCAGGAAGCUCAGAACCUCCUCCGGCUCACCCAGCAUGCCCUCGACGACCUCAAUGACUUUUCCGGGCACCACUUGCGGCUUCGGCUAGCGCCGCCCUCUGCAGCCAGCCAUCACGACCGCGAGAGCGUCUUGACAAUCCGACUAGUUCCGGGAGAGGCAGCGACGGCCAAGUUCGACGCGCACGAGCCGGUCCUCGACAUAACAUACCCGCCGAAUUCCAUCCCCUCGCCCACCUCGUCAUCCUCUCCUCUCGCGACUUACGUGGCAGGACAGCUGCGGUCGGCAUUCGCCGAGGAGCAGGCCACCAUUUCGUACCUCCUGUCGACCAACUCGGUUCCUUCAGACCACCGGCCGCAGGGGCUUUCUUCAGAGGUAGCCGACUCGCUCGCGAAACGAACCACCAGGGCCCUGAAGUACGCGCCAACAUAUCAUCUCACCUUUUCCCUCUUUACAAGCGGGCCGCUUCCGAGCAGCUGGGAUAUCGACGGGGCAAUUGAGGAGUACAUGAAGCCUGUGCUCGACGUGCUCUCGCCGAUCCACAACUUCACCAUCGACACCCAGGUGCAACUGUAUGCAACCCCCGGGGUCCAGAAUCAAGUGCUCAGCAAGGAGGACCUUUCAUCAUUUAUCAAUGCCGCCGAGUGGCCGCUGUCGCCGUCCAUUGGGGGCGCACCGACGGUCAACUUUAUCGUGUUUAUAGGAAACCAGACCAUUGCGCCGUCGUCGCAGAGUCCCGACGACGGCGACACGGAGGGACCUGCUUCACACUCGUGGCUGAUCCCGCAAUGGGGCACCGUCUACCUGCUCCCCCUUCCCCACGAUACGGCACACCUCUCGGUCGAGGCGCUCAAGCAGCCCCUCCUGACCUUUACGUCGCACCUCCUCGCCCUGACGGGCACCCCGCAAUCAGGCUCCCUGCCUCUGCGCCUCUCGACGCUGUCCCGGAUCCGCUCCGCGGACCUCCUCCUGCGCGCGUCGUCCACGCUCGGCUCGCUCGCGCGCCUGGCCCUCGCCCUUCCCUCCAUCUCCAUCCCGAGCCGCGUCGCAGACGGCGUGUCCAAGACGAUUCACCAUCUGCGCCUGGCCUGCGAGACGCUCGGCGAGCCCGAGGGGCUUGCGCACGCGCGAAUCGCCGAGGCGGAGGCGGAGCGGGCCUUCUUCGAAAAGAGCAUGGUCGGCCAGCUAUACUUCCCUGACGAGCACAAGGUUGCCGUGUACCUGCCGCUUCUGGGGCCCGUCGCCGUGCCGCUGGUGAUGGGGUUGCUGAAUGAGCUAAGGGCGUGGGUGAAGCGCAGGCGAGAGGCGGCAGAGGUUGGGGAGGCAAAGAAGAGUGAGUAGCAGGGUGAUGCAUAUAACAUAUAUAUAUAUACCUGGCUAUGCUGGCGUUUCCUGAUUUUCCACUUGUGUAUUUCAGUCGUUAGUUGUUCGUACAGUAAUCAGCCUAAAGAAUGACGAGUUGUUAUAUCCC